AUGGUAGUUACGGAAAAGCAGAAUGAUGACUGUGAAAACGGAACCUCUGAAGCCUUUAUGCAUGCAGUUGCAACCGAGAGCCAACUCAAGCGUUCAAAUGAUUCACUACUUAUAUUCUCGUUGAUCUAUAUAAUCUUCAAUGUCUUGCUAAUAAGGUUAGCUGGGGCAGUUGGCUUGAUAAUGGCAAAUUCUCUCACUAUUGCCGGGAAAAAACUUUCAUCAGAAGAAUCAUUCGCUUUAAUGAUCAUGUGGACUAAAGACUUCUGCAAUAUAAUUAAGUUGGGUGCGGAGAAGUUGAAUGGGAAAUGGUUUGAAGAGGGGAUUUGUGGGGAUAUAUAUUGGUUUGUUUUUGCUGAUUCGAGUGAAUCUUGGGUGAUAGAGAGAGUGAGACAUGUAAUGGGAAGUAAAAGUGAGGCACUUCAAUAUCCAUCACAGAGAACAGCACAAAACCAGGGAAGUCACGUCAUGAAGUUUCUAGAGCAGAAAGAAAGGUACCAUCAAAAUGAACUUUGCGGUGAUGUCAGAGGCAGUAAACCUGUUGCAGUUCCAAAACCAACCUGUGUUGUUUGUCACCAAGUGCAUAAGUAA